AGCUGACUCUGUUCUUAAUAAAUGGGUUCAGGCUUUAGGAAGUUCUGCCUGCAGUUCUGCUGCUGCUGCUGCGUCGGUGACGAAGAUGAUGAGGAUGAGAAGCAGCCAUUAGUACCUCAGGACCCGCUGGAGUAUUUUAACCGUGAGGUCCAGAAGCGUCGAGAUGAGGAGACCAACCUGUGGAGCGAGCCAGGAGACCCCAGCCACUCGGAGAGGGAGGACGACCGGACGCUCUACCAGCUGCUGCAGGCCAGGAACAAGACCCGCAUGGGAUCCUCGGGCUACCGUCGUCUGAGCGUCGACAUCGAGGCCAUGAGAGACACAAGACGAGAAGUUCGAGACAAAUGGAAGACCAUCCUGGAGAACUUAGGUUUCAUGGCCGAGGCAGACUCCCUGCUCAACGUGUCCGCCGGCGCCUCACAUGACCGGAUGCGUAACGCCCCGGCGGCACGUUCGCUGCUGCACACGCUGCACACCGAGACGUCCAUCUUCAGCAGCAGAGAGCCGCCGCCGGAGAGAUAUCUGUUCAUCCUGGAUCGCCUCCUGUACCUCGACAUCGCCGAGGACUUCUUGGCCAAGGCGAGGCGCUUCUACCCUCCGUGCGACGAUUCUGACGAGGACACGCUGGGCCUGGGCGUCAACCUGCCGCUGCUGCUGGCCCGAGUGGAGGCCAUGAACGGGGGAGGCGACGAGAGCGAGAGAGACGACGGGAACAUGACUGACUGAUUGUGAACAUCUUGCGGUGAUGCUGGGCUCCAGGCAGGGGGCAGCAGUCGCUUUGCUGUCUCCUCAAAGAAUCUGCUGCUGCUGCUCCAAGUUCCUCUUUUUCUCCCUCCAGCUUCAGUCCUUCCUGUUUUUUUCCUCUGGUUUAAAAAUCCUUUAUCAGGCUUCCAGAUUUACAGAUGUGUUUGUGUUCCUCAGACCUUGAGCCUGUUCAUUGUUCGUCUGCUGCAGACCUUCAGGGUUCAGAUGUUCUUUCUGAGCGGGGCCUCUUGAUAUUUUUGUCCUGUGAUUAUCAGCACUCAGUCUGUUCGAUCACACGACCUGUAGCAGCGCCGAAUAAAUAACUAAGUGUUUGUGUCAUUUUAAAGUCUGCAUCUGGCUUCAAAUUAUUCAGGGGGAACAAAGAAAAAAAGCACGUUGAACCUUUAAACCGGUCGGAGUUGACCUUCAGGCGAGCAGAGAUUUGGAAAUGUGUUGUGCAUGUAUGUGGAAGUUGUUGUCUUGUGGUGUAAGGUUGAAAUAAAGUCCCAGCCCCGAGCGCUUUGUCACAUGUUGCUUUCAGUGGAGCUGAAGUUUCCAGUGAUGCUAAAAUUACACAAAGAAUAAAAGAAUCUGCAUGAGUUUUAGCAAAACCGCUGCACGAUUUCCAGAACUUGCUGAGCAGAAACCUUGGCCCAGGAGCAGCUCUCUCUUUUAUAAUAUAAAGAUGUCCUCCAGGGCCGCUCUGGUUCCUGCACGUGGCCCGUCGGAUGCGUUCGUGUGGCUCCGAUCCACUGAUCCUGAUCUUGUGCGGGCUGUCCGGCGUCUCGCCGUCCCACUGGGAGCAGACUGGGUUGCAACAUGGCUGGUGAUGAUGAUGGUGUUGUUGGUGAUCAGCUGUUCGUUGUUGUUGUUGUCGUGGUUAUGUAAGAGGGACACUCUGCUCAGAGCACAUGUCAGGACAGCCUGAUGGUGAAGCACAAAUAGCUGCAAACACUCGACUCCGUUGUGCAGAUAUGAAACUGAACUUUUCUUUCGUGUUAAUAAAACAUUUGGUGGCAGACUGACCUGAA